UGAAAAAAUAUUGGGCAAAUUUUGAAAUUUUAAAUUUAGUGUCGGGCCCACACUAAAUCCUUCCCUGCAUGCAUCUAGACGUAUGCAGUUGACACCUCCACUCCAUCCUCCCCUACCUAGUAACACACAGGAUUGGCAAUUGCACACGCAAUUGCAAGUGUGCAUUGUUUUUUCACUUCUUUAACCUGACAAAAGAAGGCAAAAGGUUUGAAUAAAAUAUUUAUUUGGGAAUUUCAUUGAUCUAGUAAUUAAUGUAUGUAAUGUUUGCAAAUCUCAUUAAUCCCUUUUUUUUUUCUUGAAUAUAUUACAGGUGCAGAAGGAUCUAUGAUUCAGACAAGUGCGGUAUAUGCCUACAUUCCAACAUAUGACAACAACAUAGAAUCCCACGAAGGAAUCCCAAGAAAAAAAUAUAGAGGAGUGAGAAUGAGGCCAUGGGGGAAAUGGGCUGCUGAAAUAAGAGAUCCAUAUAAAGCUAGAAGAGUUUGGUUAGGCACAUUUGACACUGCAGAGGAUGCUGCUAGAGCUUAUGAUAAGGCUGCUUUAAGGUUCAGAGGCAACAAAGCCAAACUAAAUUUCCCAGAAAAUGUCAGGCUAGUGCCAGCUUCUUCGUCCUCGUCCUCGUCCUCGUCCUCGUCCAGGUCGAGCAUUUUGUUUCCUCGGAAUACAUUUUUUCCAGUUUCGACUUCAUCCGAACCCAUUGUUCAUACUCAAGCUCAAAGUAUUAUUAAUCCCAACACACACGAGUUCAUGAAUCUUGAUGAUAGUCAAGGACAGCCCACAAGUUUGUUGGGUCAGUUGUUGUUUCAAUCAUCCACAUGUUCGACUUUUCAAUCUUCAUCUUCGUCUUUGUAUGAUCGUGCUUUUUUUCCGUCGACGACUUCUUCUCCGCUUUUAUUUUCAGCUCAGCCAAGGGAUAAUCUCAUAGCAGCAAACAGUCGAAAUAGUGAGGCUGAUUUUUCUUUGGGGGGUUCAAGUCAUCAGACUUCUUCAGGAUAAUCCAAUACUUGAGGCACGAUUCAAGAAGAGAAAGUGGCCAAAAUCUCGCAUGUGGUCACGUUCAGUACUGUCUAAUACUAUACCCCGUUUGAUUCUUAUUCUUAUAAGAAUAAAAAUGAAAAAUAUAAUCGUUACAGGACUCACACAAGAGAGAGGAAGUCAAACAUGAUGGCUUAAUGUGAUGAAUAACGAUCAUAUUUUUCAUUUUUGUGGCCAAAGAAUAAGAAACAAACUAGGUAUACGCCAAACACACUGUACUUUCAUUUUCUGAUUUUACUUUAAAGCUUAUAAUUUUACUACAAUUUUUUUUUUUUUUUAGGGUUUUGCUACUUGUACGCUAAGGUUGAUACCCUAGUAUAUAGCCCCUUGACAAUAAGGGGCCCUUACUUAUAGACGGGGUUGACACCCCGGUAUACAGUUGAAUGUAGCUAGGAUAUUUUAUCUUCUCUCUUUCACCAUUGAAAAUCACUUAUAAGCAAGAAGUUGCUUCGAUGGUAA